AUGUUAAGAGGUCGCUGUGAUCCCCGAAGUUUAGAAUUUAAGGGUGAGGAAUUAGAAAACCAGGUAGCAAGACACAUGAAAUCUGAAGCUGCAAGACAGGAAUUUGAUCUAAUGAAAUGUAGUGUUCAGGCUGCUGAGCAAGCAAAAAUGGAAAUAGAAAAAAUUGGAAUUAGAAACCGUGGACAUAGGAGUAUCAAUACUUCCACGGUGAACAGCAGCAAUUCAAUUGAAAGCUGUGCUGCAAGCUUGGGGAUUUUAAAUCCCUCCGAGAGUGCUUCAGAUAAUCAAGACACUCAAAGGCCCCAGUCAAAGAAAGACGCUAAAGAAUUUGAAAUAGAUAAGGCUAGACUAGUGCUUAACUAUGUCAAUUCUUUGGAUUAUAGACGCAAACCUCGAGACAAUAGUGUUGUCAGCUUGGGUGUUUUUAAUGCUUCUGAUUGUUCUUCAGAUAUAGACAACGAAAAAGCACAGACAACAAUUUUAGAGAGUAAAUUAUUUGAAACAGAGAAAAUAAGUAUUGAGCUUAAUGAGGAGCUGAUACAGCUGAGACAAAAAGUUCAAUCCCUUGAAGAAGAACUCAGGAGUGAAUCCGAUAAGAGCAAGAAUUUAGAACUUCAAGUUGAACAACUACAGAGGAGAAAUCUAAUGCUAAGUAGAUCGGAUUCUAAAAAAAAGAGUCUUAGAUUGCAAAGAGCCACGACAAUAGAAAAACAGCUUACUAAGGAAAUUCAAGAUUUAAAAGACGUGAAGAAGAACUUAGAUGAUGAAAUAAAAAAAUUAAAACAAGAUGUGCAAGUAAAUGAGUUGCAGAUAACAGAACUAAAGGAACAAUUGGAGGCAGAGACAUAUUUCUCAUCUUUGUACAAUACUCAAGUGGAAGACUUAAAAGUUGAAGUAGGUGAAAAAAAUAAGCAAAUUCAAAAUCUUACCUCAGAUGGGCAAAGGGUACUUCAAGAAAAGUGUUUGAGAGACAGAAGUGUUGGACAUUGCAGGGUCUCCAUUAAUGCUCAGCUUCAGUUGGCCCUAGCUAAAGCUGACAGUGAAACACUGGCCAGGCAAAUCGCUGAGGAGCAGUUGUCAGACUUUGAAAAGGAGAGAACCAUGUUUGAGAUUGAAAUAAAAGAACUGAUGAGUCGCUUCAAAGUUGAAGUGGAAAAUUCUGAGAUUCUUAAGCACAACUUUUCAACCGAUAUUGAAAAACUUCAGCAAGAAAAUGAUAGUCUUAAAAAUAAGAUAGCAACACUGUAUAAAGAAGUGAAUAACUCCAAAAAGAAUGCUGUUGGGAAGUUAAAGAAGAAAUUGGAGGAAGAGAAACUGAAGAAAAUCCAAGAGCGUGAAAAAUGUAAUAAAAUGGUAGAGAAAAUGCAGAGGGAUGCUAUAGAAGCUCUGCAGUCUGUAUAUCAAGAAAACCAAGCUAGGCAAAGACUUCAGAUAGAAAUAGAUGCUAAAGACUCAGAACUAGAGCAGCUUAGGCAGAAACUAGCAUUUUUCUACUCAGACACUGCAUCAUUUUACAGUUGCGAUACCGAUGACAGCAAAACUGUGUCAGAGGAUUUAGGAGUGUCAUCAGAUUCCCACAUGGAGGGGUGGCUGGCAGUACCCAACCGCAACAACAUAAAGAAGUAUGGCUGGAAGAAGCAGUAUGUGGUUGUCAGCAGUCGUAAAGUUCUCUUCUUCAACACAGAAAAUGAUAAACAAAAUACAGAUCCAAUAAUGGUAUUAGAUAUAGACAAACUCUUCCAUGUUCGACCAGUGACACAGGGAGAUGUGUACAGGGCAGACGCCAAAGAUAUUCCUAGAAUUUUUCAGAUUUUAUAUGCAAGUGAAGGUGAGAACAGAAAACCAGACGAGGUUAAUCAAGAAAGUGCAAUUGCUCCUUUAGAUCGCUCAGGUGUUAUCAUCUAUAAAGGUCAUGAUUUAGUUCCAAUAAGCUUUCGUACACCAACUUCCUGUGGCUCGUGCCAUAAAAUUGUCUGGCAUAUGAUUCACCCACCUCCAGCCUUAGAGUGUAAACGUUGCCAUGUAAAAGUACAUCGAGACCACUAUGACAAGAAUGAAGAGUUUCUACCCUACUGUAAAGUAAAUUACGAUUCAAAUAUUCUGGCAAAGGAAAUGUUACUGCUGGCAGAGUCAACUGAGAAACAGAAAAACUGGGUUCAACAUCUUAGUAAAAAAGUAUCUAAAAAUGAUAUAGUCAGUUCAGGAAACCUCAGUACUGGUACUGUCAGGGGCACAAAGCAAUAUUCUUCUUAUGGACCUCAGCAGAGGGGCCACCCCCAGGCUGGUAAAUCUGCCACAUUGCCGCCACCUAACGCUCGUAAUUCAUGA